UUGAUGGAUAGCAUACCGUACAGCAUAGAUGAAUUCCACAUAAAAAGUAAUUAAAUUCUGAAAAGUCGAUGAUAAAUCAAUGUAUGAUUUUUUCCAAUAUAUAAUCGAUCAAACUCUAAUUUUUUUAUGAAUUCCAAUUUUAUAUCAAUCUCAAUCAUAUGGCAAAGAUCACCUGCUCUGUUAAAAUGGCCUUGAUGUUUUCACUUUUCAUUUGAUUGGUUAGAAAUCAGGAACAUAGGAAGUGAUCGUAGUAUUGAAUUUGCUAUUUUACUUUUAUUAUAAUUUGUAACUAAAAAUCAGAAAUUUCUUUUCAGUGACUGUACAUUUUGAAUAAGAUGAGUUUUCUAAGUAAAGUAUUUGGUGGUAAAAAAGAUGAAAAGGGCCCUACAACUGGCGAAGCCAUUCAGAAACUACGCGAAACAGAGGAAAUGCUGAUAAAGAAACAAGACUUUUUAGAAAAGAAAAUUGAAGUUGAAAUUGGAGUUGCCAGGAAGAAUGGAACAAAAAACAAAAGAGCCGCGAUCCAGGCACUCAAAAGGAAGAAGAGGUAUGAAAAGCAAUUGCAGCAGAUCGAUGGAACGUUAUCAACAAUUGAGAUGCAGAGAGAGGCCCUCGAAGGAGCCAACACGAAUACGGCCGUGCUGCAAACUAUGAAGAACGCAGCAGAUGCUCUCAAAGCGGCUCAUCAACACAUGGAUGUGGAUCAGGUGCAUGAUAUGAUGGACGAUAUAGCUGAACAACAAGAUGUUGCCAAAGAAAUAUCCGAAGCUAUUUCCAAUCCAGUCUCGUUCGCAAACGACAUUGAUGAGGAUGAGCUGGAGCGAGAGUUGGAGGAACUGGAACAAGAAGAAUUGGACCGAGAGCUGUUGGAUACUGGCACACCUGUCGAUCUGCCUUCCGUUCCUGUAUCCGAUCUACCAUCGAGAGCUAAGGAAGCAUCUGGUCGUUCCAAGCCCAAAGAAGAAGACAACGAUUUGAAAGAGCUGGAGCAAUGGGCUUCAUAAGAUAUACUCCCUGCCGUGUUACUCUGUUAAAAUGUCUAUAAAAAUCGCUAUCCAAACUCUCUACAGUGGCCUAAGAUGAGCAUCUAUAUCAAAAUUGCGGCGACAAUUCCUCGUUCAUCCAAUGUCCAGGAUCUAAAAUUAGCUUUGACCGCUCAUCUAAAUCCAUUGUUCCACAUCUGAGGCACGGCUUGGUAGCUGACACAUUAAGCUAUUAAAUAUAAACUUCAUACUUUGCUUCAAAUCCUAAUAACAAUUUAUUUUAGAUAUAUUAUUAUAAUUAACGAAUAAAGAAUAUUAUCCUUGUAUGUAAUAUAUAUUUUAAAUACAUUUUAAAGUACAAGGAUCUCUUUCUCAUUUUAAUUGUUCCAGUUAGAGAUUGCUCUAUUAUGGAUUAUGCUGUGAGACAGUGUGUGUGUGUGGACGGACGGAGUCUAUAAUUUUUUUAUAAGUGGGUUAAGGCAAGUUUUUAACACAAUAAAUUAAUAUCUUCCUUCAUGUUGAUUUAAUUGGUAGACAGUCUGCCAGAAGACUUGUUUCGAUUGUAAAUAAAAAUGUAAAAACUAUUUCAAAUAAAAUUACUCUUGCGAAAGCAUAAUCGAUA